GCGCCUGAGGUUAGGCCUGAGGAGCAGCGUCUUGCGAGGGAAAGCUUGUCUCGCUGGAUCCCGGCUACGCUGCUGACCCGAGCACAACAAUGGAAGAAACAGCAAUAUGGGAACAACAUACAGUGACUCUUCACAGGGCUCCAGGAUUUGGAUUUGGUAUUGCAAUAUCUGGAGGAAGAGAUAAUCCCCAUUUUCAGAGUGGUGAAACAUCAAUAGUUAUUUCUGAUGUACUGAAAGGAGGUCCAGCAGAAGGAUUGCUACAGGAAAAUGACCGUGUUGCAAUGGUUAAUGGUGUUUCAAUGGAUAAUGUAGAACAUGCGUUUGCUGUUCAGCAGCUGAGAAAAAGUGGAAAAAAUGCUAAAAUUACUAUCCGAAGAAUGAAAAAAGUUCAGAUUCCAGUAGCCAGACCAGAACCAGAACCGGUAUCUGAAAAUGAGGAGGAUAGCUUUGAUGAGGAGAUACAGGAUCCAAGAAGUGCACGUGGUGGUCCGGGUGCCAACAGAAAGCAUGAGAAGAGCUGGGUAAGAGACCGAAGUGCAAGCAGAGAGAGAAGUUUAUCACCAAGAUCAGAUAGAAGAUCUAUUGCUUCUAGUCAGCCUGCAAAACCUACCAAAGUAACCUUGGUGAAAUCCAGGAAAAAUGAAGAGUAUGGUUUGCGCUUGGCCAGUCAUAUAUUUGUGAAGGAAAUAUCACAAGAUAGCUUGGCAGCAAGAGAUGGCAACAUUCAGGAAGGAGAUGUUGUAUUGAAGAUAAAUGGCACAGUCACAGAAAAUAUGUCUUUGGCAGAUGCAAAGACACUAAUAGAAAGGUCAAAAGGCAAGUUGAAAAUGGUGGUUCAGCGUGAUGAGCGAGCAACGCUCUUGAAUGUCCCUGAUCUUUCUGACAGCAUUCACUCUGCUAAUGCUUCAGAAAGAGAUGACAUUUCAGAAAUUCAGUCGCUGGCAUCCGAUCAUUCCAAUCGAUCACAUGACAGGCCCCGCCGCAGUCGUUCACGAUCUCCUGACCAGAGGUCAGAGCCUUCAGACCAUUCCAGACAUUCUCCACAGCAACCCAGCAACGGCAGUCUUCGGAGCAGAGAGGAUGAGAGAGUAUCAAAACCAGGAGUUAUCUCUACACCUGUAAAGAAUGCAGAUGAUAUCCCUCUUUCUAAAACCAUGGAAGAAGUUGUAGUUGAAACAAAUGAAAAACAAACUCCACCUUUGCCAGAACCAAAGCCAGUGUACGCACAAGCAGGACAGCCAGAUGUCGAUUUACCAGUCAGUCCAUCUGAUGGUCCUGUACCUAGUUCAACUCAUGAAGAUGGAAUGCUUCGGCCAAGCAUGAAGCUGGUAAAAUUCAAAAAAGGGGACAGUGUGGGCCUGCGUCUGGCUGGUGGCAAUGAUGUAGGUAUAUUUGUAGCAGGUGUUCUGGAGGACAGCCCUGCAGCAAAAGAAGGAUUAGAAGAAGGGGAUCAAAUUCUCAGGGUAAAUAAUGUGGACUUCACAAAUAUCAUUAGAGAGGAAGCAGUGCUUUUUCUGCUUGAUCUCCCUAAAGGAGAAGAGGUAACAAUUUUGGCACAAAAGAAAAAGGAUGUUUAUCGUCGCAUUGUUGAGUCUGAUGUUGGAGAUUCUUUCUAUAUCAGAACUCAUUUUGAGUAUGAAAAGGAAUCUCCCUAUGGGCUAAGUUUCAACAAAGGUGAAGUGUUCCGUGUGGUGGAUACCUUGUACAAUGGCAAGCUGGGCUCCUGGCUGGCUAUUCGAAUUGGCAAGAAUCACAAAGAGGUGGAAAGAGGCAUCAUACCCAACAAAAACAGAGCUGAGCAGCUAGCUAGUGUACAGUACACUCUUCCAAAGACAGCAGGAGGGGAUCGUGCAGAUUUCUGGAGGUUCCGAGGCCUGCGCAGCUCAAAGAGAAAUCUCCGAAAAAGCCGAGAAGAUCUCUCUGCACAGCCUGUUCAGACAAAGUUCCCUGCAUAUGAAAGAGUUGUGCUUCGAGAAGCUGGAUUUCUCAGGCCUGUAACUGUCUUUGGACCAAUUGCUGAUGUUGCAAGAGAGAAACUAGCACGAGAAGAACCUGACAUUUUUCAAAUUGCAAAAAGUGAACCAAGAGAUGCUGGUACCGACCAGCGUAGCUCUGGCAUUAUUCGUCUUCAUACAAUAAAACAGAUAAUUGAUAGGGACAAACAUGCUUUAUUGGAUGUCACUCCAAAUGCAGUGGACCGUCUAAAUUAUGCACAGUGGUAUCCCAUUGUAGUGUUCUUGAACCCGGACUCUAAGCAAGGUGUAAAAACCAUGAGAAUGAGGCUGUGUCCAGAAUCACGGAAAAGUGCCAGAAAAUUGUAUGAAAGAGCUCACAAACUAAGGAAAAAUAAUCAUCACCUCUUCACAACUACCAUUAACUUGAAUUCAAUGAAUGAUGGCUGGUAUGGAGCUCUAAAAGAGGCAAUUCAGCAACAGCAGAACCAACUGGUGUGGGUUUCAGAAGGAAAGGCAGAUGGUGCUACAAGUGAUGACCUUGAUUUGCAUGAUGAUCGCCUUUCCUACCUGUCAGCUCCAGGUAGUGAAUAUUCCAUGUAUAGCACUGAUAGCAGACACACUUCUGACUAUGAGGACACAGACACAGAAGGGGGUGCCUACACUGAUCAAGAACUAGAUGAAACACUCAAUGAUGAUGUUGGGACUCCUCCUGAAUCUGCCAUUACACGGUCUUCUGAACCUGUAAGGGAGGAUUCCUCUGGAAUGCAUCAUGAAGCUCAGACCUACCCUCCUUAUGCAUCACAAGCGCAGCCACAACCAAAUCUUAGAAUGGACUCUCCAGGAUUUAAAAUAACUGCCUCACAACCGAAAGCAGAAGCCUCACCUGCAGUCCCUUACCUUUCCCCGUCGCCUGAAAUAAACCCUGCAAUCUCAUCAACUUCUGUCGUUAAUCCUAACGUAAACCUAACUAAUGUCAGACUGGAGGAGCCCACCCCACCUCCUUACAACUCUUACCAACCGCAAGCUGGCCCCUUAAGAACACCAAGCACUGAGGGUGCCCAUAUAAUGCUAAGAGAUCAAGAGCCAUCAUCCUUAUCGCCGCAUAUAGAUCCAGCAAAGGUUUACAGAAAGGAUCCAUACAUUAAUGAGGAGGCGGCACCUAGGCAGAACUACAUCCUGAAACAGCCAGCUGUUAAUCAUCCAGUACACCGACAGGAAAGAGAGUCAAAUCUGAUCUAUGAAUCCCAGACUCAGUAUACAGAGAAACAGCCUAGUAGGGAAUAUGAACAGUCAACAUACCGGUAUGAUUCUGCUAACUAUACAGAUCAGUUUGCUCGUGGUUAUGACCCUCAUUUACAUUAUGAGGACCGUGUACCUUCCUAUGAAGACCAGUGGUCAUAUUAUGAUGAAAAACAGCCCUACCAGCCAAGACCACCUUAUGAUAACCAACCACCUAAAGACUUUGACCCUAGACAAAAUGCAGAAGAGAGCACAGAAUGCAGCUACUACCCAGCACAACCUCGCUUUGAAGAACCACCUCCAAUGACUUAUGACAGCAGACCUCGCUAUGAACAUGCACCUAAAAACUUCAUACCACAAGUGCGUUACGAAGAUCAGCCCACUACUGCAUACGAUAUUCAUGGUAGAUAUAAACCAGAGGCCCAAACAUACCCUCCAGUGAUAUCUAGAUCUCCUGAACCUAAGCAGUACUUUGAGCCACACAUAAGGGGCUAUGAACCAGGCCCUCCCCAAGGAUUUAAUGCUAAAGUAGGACAGUAUGAGCCUUCUCAUACCACUGCAAAUGUGCCCCCUCCACCUCCUCCAUCGCAAACGAAGCCAGAAAUUUUGCCUUUGAACAGUAAACCACUGCCUACACCACCAACACUAACAGAGGAAGAAGAAGAUCCAGCCAUGAAACCACAGUCAGUGCUAACUAGAGUUAAGAUGUUUGAAAACAAAAGAUCAUUGUCUGUUGAAAAAAUCAAGGACUCUAAUGAUGCACCAGCUGUCAAGCCCCCGGAAUUAGCACCUAAACCUGCCCUUGCUACGGUUGCCAAGCCAGCCUCUCAGUAUGAACAUGACAAAACAACUUACAGGGCCCCAGAACCACAAAGACCUCAAGCAAAGCCACCUGAAGAUAUAGUCCGUUCAAAUCACUAUGAUCCUGAAGAAGAUGAGGAGUACUAUCGAAAGCAGCUCUCAUACUUUGAUCGCAGAAGUUUUGAAAAUAAGCCCUCUGCACAGAUACCUGCCAGCCAUCAUCCUGAGCCUGCUAAGCCAGUACAUCCUCAACUGAACUUCACUAAUUAUUCUUCUAAGGGGAAACCUACUGAUAGUGAACCGAUGGAUAGGCCUGUUGGUGAAAAGCGCUAUGAGCUGGUUCCUCAAGUUACUUCUGCUGUUCCUCCUCCACCUCCAGUACAAUAUACACAACCACAGUCAAUUAAUAACUCUGCACUCUCUCUUCAGGCACAUCACAAGCCUGCACUUUCUGAGGUUAACUCUGUGUCAGUAGAUUUCCAGAAUUCUACAGUGUCUAAACCUGACCCUCCUCCACCUCAGAAUAAACCAGCAAUUUUGAGAUCUUCCAACAGAGAGGACACUGUGCAGUCUACUUUCUAUCCUCAGAAAAGCUUCCCUGACAAGGGUCCACUUAAUGGAAGUGAGCAGACUCAAAAACCAGUCACUCCUGCUUACAAUCGCUUUACAACAAAACCAUACACAAGUGCUGCCAGGCCAUUUGAACGCAAGUUUGAAAGCCCUAAAUUCAACCACAAUCUCCUGCCAAAUGAAACACAACAUAAACCAGAAUUGCCGUCAAAGUCUCCAAAUUCUCCUCAACCAAUUUUAAAAGCACANGGCUCGUUGCAGCCUUCUGAGUUUGACAGUGGAAUGGAUACAUUCUCUAUACAGGCAGACAAGCCUAAAUAUCAACCAAAUAAUGUUAAUGCUGUGCCUAAAGCCAUUCCUGUAAGCCCUUCAGCUUUGGAGGAUGAUGAGGAGGAGGAUGGACACACUGUUGUAGCAACAGCAAGAGGUGUGUUUAACAGCAAUGGUGGUGUAUUAAGCUCCAUAGAGACUGGAGUUAGUAUAAUAAUACCACAAGGAGCCAUCCCAGAGGGAAUAGAACAAGAAAUCUAUUUCAAGGUCUGCAGAGACAAUAGCAUCCUCCCACCAUUAGACAAAGAGAAAGGUGAAACGCUGCUCAGCCCCCUGGUUAUGUGUGGGCCUCAUGGACUAAAAUUCCUGAAGCCAGUGGAGCUACGCUUACCACAUUGUGCGUCAAUGACCCCUGAUGGUUGGUCUUUUGCUCUAAAAUCCUCCGACUCCUCGUCGGGUGACCCCAAAACCUGGCAGAACAAGUCUCUUCCUGGAGAUCCAAACUAUCUUGUUGGAGCAAACUGUGUCUCAGUCCUAAUUGACCACUUCUAAUCCCUAAAUUAGCUGAGUACAUAAUGUGAAACUGAAAUGGACCUUACAUAUAAACUGAACCACUAUCAAGUAUUAACUGCUCUAUAAGCGAUAAUGGAACUUCUUGUUUAAGCAUCUUGCUCUAACUAACAAUGGUUUAGCAAGUAUACUCUUGAACCAUGGUCAAAAUACAUGUCACAAACAGGGAGUGUACAGUAGGAAUAAUGUGGGGUGCGUGUGGGUUUCUGUAUGUUGGGGUUUUUGUUUUUAAAGGACACUGCUAAUGUUUCGUUGUUGGAAAAGUUUAAAGUACCAAUGGGGUAUAUUAAGAAGAAUUGAAUUUAGUUCAUAGUCCACUGGUGGAAAUACAGAAUUUGGCCUGUCUUUUUACUUUUGUUUGUUUUAAAAUACACAAAACUAUAUUCUGGUAUCAAGGUUUUUAAAUGGCUCUUUGGUGUACAUGUCAAAUAAUGUGGCGAUAAACUUUGGCUAGCACAACUUAGAUGUUUUCCUCUACUAAGAGGGUAAUGCAAGCACGUCUACUUACUGUGUAUGGAAACAUUGUCAUGGGAAAGAGAGAAAGCAUGUGAGAUGACUAUGGUUCAGUUGCCUCUCUGGAUUUGUAAAUUAACCACAUUACAGACAUAUUAACCAGCAGGGAUGCCUUACCCUCAUGUUUUUAAUAGUUUUAGUGCUCAUAGUUCUCUGUAUUACUAAGUUUGUAUGGCUUUCGUGCUUACCUAGAUAAUAUAUCAUGAGACAGAUUGGGGCUUGAGGGAAGGGAAAACUUGUUAACUUGUCAGUUUAGAGAGCAAGUGCUGUUUGUGUUGAGCAAGCAGAAGAAAACCAGAAGAAAAUGAUGGUAUGUUUUCUGCUAUGCAUUUAAAAAUUUAGAUGUUAUAGAAUGCCUGUAUAUAAUGCGUGCAUACCACUUUUGUUCUUGGUUUGUAAAUUAACUUUUAUAAGCUUUACCUUUUUAUAUAUAUAAAAUAUAUAAAAACAAAACCGUUUCUUAAGGAUAUCUUUGUAUUCUCAUACCUUUUGAGCCUUGAACUUUGACAUCUGCAGCAAUAAAGCAGCAUUUCUACAAUACAUGAACAAGGACAUUUUUUUUAAAUGCACAAAGUUGUUACCUUUUUAAUUGCUGCAUUUAAAGAAUAUAACUCAGAAUUCUCUACUUUGGUUAAAUUCUUAAAGUAUCCCUACUGUAAUUUGUGAUAAGGAUGCUGUACUAUGUGCCCUGAAAUGUAUUUUUUUACUAAUAGACAGUUUAUUAUGGCACAUCAGCACUACUACUGUUUAGAUAAUAUACCACUGCAUUCUGUUAAUCAGUUAUUAGCUUUACAGGUGUGGCUGAUUCUUUUUCUUUGCAGUUAUUAAAAUUACACCUUUCUAAAUAUACAGAAUAAAACUGUUUUUAAAAUAAUAAAGAAGAUUUCUAGUA